CAUGUCAUUAACAGGGUCUUACUCAAAGAGAUUUGUCUGAUUUGAUAGAAGAUAUUAAGGUCUACAUGGAAUUAGAACAAGGAAAGAAUACAGAAUACUGGCAGGAUAUCACCAUGAUAUGCAAGGAUGAAUUACAAAAGUUACGAAAGCAGUUACACAGUGAACAAUUGGAUAGAAGAGAGGGUAUUCACACUGCAGUCCAUUCAGAUGUGGCUUCGAUAUUCAAAGGAAAGACAUAUACACAAUUGAUUGCACUUGAAAAGCAAAUAUACUCCAAGAUCUCUAGUGGUGAUGCUGUUGAUAUAGGAUACUGGGAGUCCCUUUUACAGCAGCUGAAGAUUCACAUGGCAAAAGCCAGGUUACGAGAAAGACAUCAACGGAUGCUGAGGGAGAAACUGAUGCAAUUGAGACAAGAGAAAUCCACAAUGGGCAACAGCUCAGCAACUGCAAGUUCAGAAUCAGAAUCAGAAUCCGAGAAAGAAGAACCACCCAAAGAAGAUCAAAGAAAACAAGAUGAACCAUCAACAAGCACCAGUUGGAGAGAUGAGCCUGAAGAACAAGAAACUGCUGUUGAAGAUGAAGCUGAAGAUGAAGCUGGAGAAGAAGCUAGUGGCUCUCUAUUCACUGAAGAAGAGCUUUUGGAAGAAAGUUAUGCAGCAUUUGAAGCGGGGAAUUACAGUCCUAAGCUCAUCAAGAUUACAGAUGUUGAUGAAAACCUGGUUAUUGAUCCUGAGGAGGACUGGGAAAAACUGCUGAUGCUCAGACAAGAAGUAAUGUCAGAUGGCUCUUCAUUACUGACGAAGACAUUAGGUCUUCCUACAGCAAUGGAACAAGAAGAGGAAAGAAAAGGCAUGGGUCCUGAUGAGGAAACCUUUAAUAUUCCUGUGCCUCUGUCGCAGAAGAAGUACAUCUGGGAAGACAAAUACAGACCUCGGAAACCAAGAUUCUUUAACAGAGUCCAUACUGGAUAUGAAUGGAACAAGUACAACCAAACACAUUACGACAGUGACAACCCUCCACCUAAGAUUGUACAGGGAUACAAAUUUAAUAUAUUCUAUCCAGAUCUUAUAGAGAAGACUGUUGCACCUGAAUACUAUCUGGACCCAUGUUCUGAUUCUAAAGACUUUGCAAUUCUCAGAUUCCAUGCUGGACCACCAUAUGAGGACAUAGCAUUCAAGAUUGUCAACAGAGAAUGGGAGUAUUCGCACAGAAAGGGGUUUAGAUGUCAGUUUCAUAACAAUGUCUUCCAGCUUUGGUUUCACUUCAAGCGAUACAGAUAUAGAAGAUAGCGUGAUGCCUGUCUUACUCCAAUCAUUUACGUCUCCUAUAGGGCAUUCUAAAUCUGAUUGUCAUUGAGCUAUGAGAGAAUAUUUCUUAUGAGUAUGAAAAUAGAUUGAAAGUAUUUUGAAGACUGUGACAAAUUGAUUUGGGGACAGUGUACAGUCUGCAGUUUGUUUAAUUGGUACAAAAAAUCCUUUUAAAGUAAGUAUCAUGACUGUACCAACUUGGUGAAACAUUACAAGACAAACAACCUCAUUCCAUGUACAAGUGCUUUUAUUUUGUGCAAUGAAGCUAGACAAGUACAAAACAUCAUGUAACAUACUAUGAAAACUCAUUUUUAUAAUAAAAUGUAUUCAGCAAAA